UCGACGCUUAGUACGCGCUGUGCCGUCGCGACGGUCACUUGUUUCUUCACAGAAAAAGUUAAUCAGAGUUGGCUAUACGCACGGCCAACUUCGUUUAUCGUCGCCUCGAUCGGGGGGUGCUAAAGUAUUAUUGCUUGCCUAACCUGACUUUUAGUUUCCAUUUGCAUAUGCAGUAAACCGACGAUUGAUGGCACGUGUCCAUAUGGUUGUCAUGUCUGCCACCGCCUAACAAGGGACGUUCUUCGUCGCUAUGAUACCAACUAGUACCAUCUCAUUAAAGCAGAAUAACACCUCGCAAUCUCUUCCUGACGGAACCCCUUUUCAGCAAAUUAUGAAACAAUGGAACAGAGCGCCUGAAACACGAGAAUUGCCGUAAACAAAGCCGUUCCGCCGUGAUGUAAUAAUAAUAGUAGCGGGGUUGUGUAUGUACGACCUUUUGUGAUUGUGCGGAUUUGUAUGUGUGGGCUAUUCUAUUAAUUAUGCACCAACAAUUAAGACUGAUCGAGAUUAUCUUUGGAACGUCUAAUCGAGUUACGGUUAAUUUUCAUUGAUGUGUGCGUUUUAUUCAUGCUCACCACAACAAUGGCAGCUAUUGCGUAUUCACUGAACAUUUAUACGUGUUUUUUCUUCGUCGUUUCGGCAGAAUUGAUGAUGACUUCUUCCUCCGUUAUUUAUCAAGAUAUGGUCAAGCUGAGUAGAGAUAAGAGGGCGUACGAAACCCAUCGAAGCAAAGACAAUGUGGUAAAAGUCCCUUCCAUUUCAUCGUCCGGCAGAAGUUCAGUUUUCGCAACGGCCAAUUCGACGUCGGUGGCGGCGCAGAUUGGUGGGACGGCAAAGCUGCCUUGCAUCGUCCGCAAAUUUAACAAUGGAGUAGUGUCCUGGAUUAGAAAGGAUGUCACUCCACCUACAAUCCUAACGAUCGGUCUAGGCCCGUACAUAGCUGAUGAUCGCUUCAUGGUGGAACAUGCUAGACACCUCCAAAACUGGGACCUAGUCAUAAAACAUGUUCGACCCUCAGAUGCCGGACUCUACGAAUGUCAAGUGUCAACACAUCCUGCGACCAGCAUAUUUAUCGAGUUACGAGUCACAGAAGCCUCGGCGGAAAUCAUAGGCGCUCCAGAUCUGCACGUCCGCGCCGGAUCUACCCUGCGCCUCGUCUGUACGAUCCUCCACUCCACCGAGACCCCGCUGUACGUGUUCUGGUACCACGACCAAAGGAUGAUCAAUCACGACGCCGGCGUCAAGGUCACCAUCGACAGGAGCACCAGCGUCCUGCAGCUGCAGGAUGCCGACACGACGCACAGCGGGAACUAUACCUGCGAUCCCGCAAAUGCCGUUCCCGCAUAUAUCAACGUUCAUGUCCUUAAUGCCACUGAAGAAGAGAACCCAGCAGCGAUGUUACAUGCAAGCAGCAGCGGAGUUUCCACAGCGCUUUUUAUGACUAUAAUAUUAAUUGUUGCUAUUCAUGUAACUUUAUCAUUAAAUAGUUGACUUUCUUCAACGUAUUUGUAUAAAUUGUAAAUAUUUUGUAUAUAAUUAUUUGAGAAAUAUCCGUGACUGUAACUACUUUAGAUUGAUUCAAAUCAAGAAAAGAAUUCCGAUUAAAAAUGUAGCAUAUUUAAUUUCGUCGUACAUAUUACUGUAUUUAUUGUGUGUUAAAAUAAAGUGAAUAAGGAUCAAA